AUGUACCGCCGGCAUGUGUGCACCGCUUCCUCCCCCCUCACCCUCACAACCUUUGGCAGACUUUUGCCCAAUACCUGGUUCCUUCAAACGCCCCUCCAAACCCUGCCCGCUUGCGGUAAUUCAAACUUCCGAGGCUUGUCAUCCUCUGUUACCGUACCUGCUAGAGACAACAACAACCCAAAGUGCCCAACAAACCCCAGUGACGUUUCCAUUCGCCCCGACUUGGCCAAAUCCCUAGGCCUGUACUAUACUUUUCUCCUCCCCCUCCCCCGCCGCCCAGCGAGAAUUCGCGCGCCUCCGACCAUGAAUGCUGCGCCAGACCUCACCCCGCAAACAGCAUUCACAAAUGGCGGCGGCGAGGCGCAUGGCCAACAGCUGAAUGGCAACAGUGCCUCGGACCUGUCGCAGGUGCUCGAAGCCCUGCAGGCCAUCUAUGCAAACUCAUCCACCAACGACACGCGCCGGCAAGCGACCGAAUACCUAGAGCUGGCAAAAAGACACCCCGAAGCGCCCUCGCAUGGCCACACGCUGGCCCGCGAUCGCUCACAGCCCACCCAGCUGCGCUACUAUGGCCUCACCAUGCUCGAGUACUCGAUCAAGUACAACUGGGAGGACUUCACCGUCGAGCAGGGCACGCUGUUGAGGGGCUACGUCAUGGAGCUGGCCCAGACCCUAUCCGAGGCCGACCCCGUCUAUCUGAGGAACAAGGUCGCACAGCUGUGGACGGAGAUUGCGAAGCGGACGUGGGGCGACGACUGGCUGAACAUGGACGAGCAGCUCGUUGCGCUGUGGUCAGUGUCUCUGCACCACCAGGCCGUCGUCCUGUACGUUCUCGAGACGCUGUCAGAAGAAGUCUUCAAUCGUGAGGAUGCCACGGCCGGUCUCAGAGGGAGCGAUCUGGGCCGAGCCUGCGUCGAGAUCUUUACUCCACUCGUCGUCCUGCACGAGCAGCUGCCAACUCGAGACAAAAGUCUGCAAGUACGUUGUGGAGAAGAGGGCUGGCUACGCAGGCUGUGUGAUAAUCUGGCCUGGUGUCUGGGCCAGGACUACCAGAACCAAGAGGCCAUUCGCACAUGUGCAAUCAAGACGAUGAACUCGCUUAGAGCUGCUAUGCCCUGGAUAAUACCCAAGGCCAUUGUUGCAACGCAGGUCAUCGAGGCCGUCUGCAAGGCGCUGGCUGUACCUAUUGUAGAGAUACAAUUGUCUGCCAUUGAAGUGCUACAAGCCAUCUAUAGCCGACACCACCUCAGCAACAACGAAUUCGUCGAGCUCGUCUGCCCCAUGUUCACACCCGGAAGCGUCUCGCUCUUGCGAGAAGUAUAUAAUUGGACACUGGCGGACAUGGAUGUCAAUGCGAUUGAUGACCAAAAGUACACGCUUUGCAAGAAGCUUUCCGAGUUGGCAAACAGCCUGGGACUCUUCAUUGAGCAGAAACCGCAAGCCAUACCCGACGGUAGCGAUCUCCCUGGCAUCUUUGGCUUCCUCUAUGACAUUAUGCGCAACCCAAGUCUUGUUGUAUCCAUACCUGUCCUGCACUGUUGGACAAAACUCUUGCGGUCACGCAUCGUGCGCGACUCCGAGGUCGUUAAUUCCAUGGUCGGUGGCCUUUUAGAGACAUGUUGUGCACGGCUAGUCCGCUACGAAAACCUUCCGGAAGAGUCUGAAGAUGUUACUUUACAGUUUUUGAACGAGGACAUUGACACUGUUCCAGAACGCCACGCCUUUUUGGGAAACUACCGUAGGUUCUGCGCCGACGUUGUGGAGACAUUGGUGCGAAGGACCCCCGUGGAAGCCCUGGAGCACAUUCUCGCGCAGGCCACGAGUAUGCUUCAGAAUUUAUACCGCGAACACCCUGCUUUCCAGCCCCGUACAUUCUCCAAGAAUGCAUACCCAGUGCUUCAGGUGGAUGCACAAGUCACGGUCAUCGAGGCAGCGCUCAAGGGCUACAUGAAAUGGCUGCAAGCCCAAGCUGAAGAGUCAACACCAGAGAAUGAGCGCGAACGAAUCUCCUUGGAGAACUCACUAGAGCAGUGGGGACGCCAGAUUCUGCAGGCUCGGUUCGAGGACCCAGAGAUUGCACGCAAGAUCAUCUCACUCAUGUCCACGCUGUCUACAAAAGCUCUUGGCGACCGUCCAGCGUUUGCCUUGAGUUUCUUGGAAUAUAUGCUCACCAUACGGCUAGCAGACGACACUUCCUUUGCUUUGUACUCUGAUGCAGUCAAGGACCUGGAGCGCAUGUGCAGUUUGGAAAUGCAGAAACUCGCGAUGAAGUUUGCCGACGACUUUAUGAGCGUAUACGACCAGCUCGAGGCCAAGAUUAAUGAAAUGAUCAGUGAUCCCACGACCGAUGAACGCCAACGCAUGGCAUACUCUGCUUUCCUUUUCAUAAUCAUACAUAGAUGCACAACAUUAGACCGCUCGACGCAGGAAGAGCGCAUGCGACAGAUGCUCAACCAGGUCAAGGAGGCCUGGCGGAACGAUGAAUUCACGCAGGCCAUCUCUUCGUUGCAGUCCUUUUGUGGGGUCCUGGGUAUGGGACAGCUGCCGGACUUUUUGGCAGCCAACAACUUCCGAGCUGUGCAGGAUUGGUCUGAGCAGACACUGCCGGGUGAUGGCCAGGCAUUGCAGGCUAACAUUUUGGAGCGAUCACAGCAUCUCCCCUUGCGAUUGACCAAGACCUUGCUUGCGGCGUCGACGGAGAAGCUACGUGAUGGCUCGCCGGCAUACGAGACAGCUGCCGCUCUGUGGGCAGAGGCUAUUCCAGUCCUCCUGCCGAACCUGCUCCAGCUCGUCAGUCAUGCCCAAGCGUUCAAUGACAUUGAUCACAACUGGUCUCACUUGCCCCCGGAACUCCAGCAAGUCAUCAAGCGCGUACUCACCGACCGUUUCUGGCAAGCGGGCAUCUCCACCGAAAGCCGCGACGACUUCUUUGCCCGCGUCAGCGGCUCAAAGUCUACAUUCGAGGGCUUUGCGUCGACGGUACGUGGAACCGUGCGCCAGAUUAGAGAAUCCUCGUACUACAUUCUGUAUUCACUCACCCGCUUCCGAGACGUCUUUUACGGCAUACAGGACCUACCCGGGCCCCUCAGCCAAGCGCUAUUCGGCCACGCUGGGGCGCUGACGGCCCACCAUCUUUCUGUCCUGCUGACUGUCUCGACACAUCUCAUUGAAGGCUGUCCGCCGGAUUUGCGCGCGCAUUUUCUGCCGCCGAUGAUUCAAGGCUUGUUCCGCGAGCUGGAUCAUAAGAUUAGCUCCGAGUGGAAUGAGGUUGCCCGCCAAGUUGCCGAGAGUGGGGAGAAUGAUAACUUGACGGAUGAGAUGAAGACGGAGAGUAUUCUGAGGCAGUUGACGUACUCGAGUGUUUCGCUGGUGGCUGUCCUGUUGGAUGGUAGACAAGAGUACACGCGCCCCGAAGACGAGCCCCGACGAGACUGCAACGCGCCGCCAAUGCACACCUUCAUCCUCACCACACCCUCUGUCCUCGAGCCCAUCCUCCUCUUCUGCACCUCAACCAUCCGCGUCCACGACACCCGCUCCGUCAUCACCACCAUCCGCGUCCUGCGCUCUCUGCUCCCACACUUCAAAUCCGCUUCGCCCAUACGCACCUACUUUUGCACCGACAUCUUCAAAUCCGCAAUCUCCUCGCUACACGAACCCUACUUUGUCGACUGCCAAAAGGAUCUCGCCAGCCUCAUCGCCGGCAUCAUUCACCUGGACGAGGAGGUCACGCGGCAGAUUGUCCUCGGUCUGCCGGGCCUCGAGGAUGGAGCGCGGGUCGAGCGCAGGCUCGCGCGCUUGCGGAACGGGCCGAGGGACGAACGCACGCAGAGGAGUGUGGUGCUGGAUCUGUUACAGGGCGUUCGCGGCGUGGGGAUCCAUGAGCAGGGCAAGAUUCGGCGCAGUGGGGCUGGGGCGGCUGGUGGUGCGGGUGCGGGUGCGGGUGCGGGUGCGGGUGUGGCUAAGGGCCGGACGAAGUUGAUGGAGGGCUAUAUGCGUAUGGAGGAGGAUACAAGCCAGAGGAUAGUGAGGGGUGGGAGUGCGGAGCUGGGUGGUGUGGCGGACAUGUUUGGAGGGGACUAG